AUGACAGCUAUCGAAAAAGCGCUUGCGGCAAUCAAUUCGCAAGGUCCAGAAGGACAAAUCUCGUACCGUGCAGCUGCAAAAAUAUAUGGUGUUGCGGCAUCAACUUUGACGCGUCGCCACCAAAACAAAACGCGGUCGCGUGCAGCCGCUGCACACCCACGACGACUACUCUCACCACAACAAGAGAAAUACCUUGUCCAGCACAUAGAAAAACUCUCUGAGCGUAGUACUCCACCGUCCCGAGAGAUGAUUAAAAAAUAUGUUGCCAAUAUUGCAAAAAGACAGCCAUCUAACAGCUGGGUUACAAGAUUUCUUCGGCGGAACAGAGAGAAAAUUAUUACCAGAAACACCGCCGGCAUCGACCAAAACCGCAAAAAAGCUGACGAUUUUGAAGAUUACCAUAAUUACUUCCGUCUACUGCACGAUUAUAUCGAGAAAUACGAUAUCUAG